AUGGGUUGUCCUCACCGGCCACGAUGCAAGCGGCUGACCGACCAGGGCAACGGCCCAGAAAGUGCUGGAGUUAGGCGCCGAGAAUGUUCGGCAGGAUUCGCGCGCGAAGGAGCGGCGGCCGUGACCGACCUACUGGAAAGACUGCUGGAACAUUGGGCGGAGGAAUCCUUACAACCAAACUCACCGAUCAACCUAAUUGAAUUCCUCCACGAAUCAGAUAAGGCGGACACUUUAGCCUUUGACGACUUGGAAGCGGCGCCCGCCGAGAUGGAGGAUGACUACCCCGAGGUCCAGGACCCCAGCGAGAUUAUCGGCUUGCUCCAUGAAUAUAAGGAUUGUUUUGCUUGGGAUUAUCAUGAGAUGCCUGGAUUGCCAAGAAGUUUGGUCGAGCACGAACUAAAGAUUAGGGAGGGGUUUAGGCCUUUCCAACAGUCGCCGAGGCAAUUCUCGACCGACGUACAGCUUAAGGUCAAAGAGGAAAUUGAACGGCUCCUUAAAGCCGGCUUCAUCCGCACGGCUCGGUACGUUGAAUGGUUGGCUAACAUCGUACCAGUUUUGAAAAAGACGGGGGCUUUGAGGGUGUGCACCGAUUACCGAAAUCUAAACCUCGCGACCCCCAAGGACGAGUAUCCUAUGCCUAUGUCCGACCUCCUGGUGGACGGAGCCGCGAAGCACGAGCUCCUGUCUUUCAUGGACGGCCACGCUGGUUACAACCAAAUCUUCAUAGCGAGGAAAGAUGUCCACAAGACGGCGUUCAGAUGUCCAGGCGCAAUCGGGACUUAUGAAUGGGUGGUCAUGCCGUUCGGCCUGAAGAACGCCGGCGCAACGUACCAACGAGCUAUGAACCUUAUUUUCCACGACCUAAUUGGCGAAACCGUUGAGGUCUACAUCGACGACGUUGUUGUAAAAUCCCCAUCCAAAGCCGACCACGUGGAGCAUCUCCGACAGGCUUUCAAUCUAAUGCGGACACACGGCCUGAAGAUGAACCCUAAGAAAUGUGCUUUCGGUGUCACCGCCGGGAACUUUCUCGGUUUCCUGGUUCACCAACGAGGGAUCGAGGUAGAUAAAAAUAAAGACACGGCCAUUAUAGCAGCGCCUCCACCGAGGACCAAGAAGGAACUCCAGUCCUUCCUCGACACAGAACGGUUCGAAUGGGGGGCAGAACAUCAAGCGGCCCUCGACGACAUUAAGAAAUAUUUAUCUCAACCACCGGUCCUUAUGCCGCCGAAAAGGGGGAAACCCUUGAGGCUUUACAUUUCGACUUCAAGGGCUCUAUCGGCUGUCUGCUGGCUCAGAACAACGAGUCUGAAUGAGAGCAAGCAGUGCACUAUCUGA